UGACAGCCCAAGUGUACAGUAUGAGAUGGGAUGUGACGCUUCCCCGCAGUGGAUUGUGGGCAUGUACAGACACAGCCUAGUCUUUCCAGUUCAUACAGUGCUUCAGAUAAGAGAGUAGACAUAUUGCUGUGAGCUGUACUUUUGAUCAAUUACAACCAAGAUGUCAAGCAGAGGUGGUAAAAAGAAGACAACUAAAACUUCUCGAUCUGCAAAGGCUGGAGUCAUAUUUCCAGUAGGCAGAAUGUUACGCUACAUUAAGAAAGGGCAUCCUAAAUAUAGAAUUGGUGUUGGGGCACCAGUUUACAUGGCUGCUGUGCUGGAAUAUCUCACAGCGGAAAUUCUAGAAUUGGCCGGAAAUGCAGCAAGAGACAAUAAAAAGGGUAGGGUCUCGCCAAGGCACAUCUUACUGGCUAUAGCAAAUGAUGAAGAACUAAAUCAGCUUUUGAAAGGUGUCACAAUAGCGAGUGGUGGUGUUUUGCCAAAUAUUCACCCAGAACUGUUGGCAAAAAAGCGUGGAACCAAAGGUAAACUGGAAGCCAUCAUUACUCCUCCGCCUGCUAAAAAAUCUAAAACUUUGCCAAAAAUUGUAUCAAAGAAACCAGGAGCCAAAAAAGUGGUGAGAAAAUCCAAGAAGAAGCAAGGUGAUGUCAGCAAAACAGCAAGUGCAGACAGUACAACAAAUGGACCACCUGCAGAUGGCUUCACAGUGCUUUCCACCAAAAGCCUCUUCCUUGGGCAAAAGCUGAACCUUAUCCACAGUGAAAUCAGUAAUUUAGCCGGAUUUGAGGUGGAGGCUGUUAUCAAUCCUACAAAUGCUGACAUUGACCUUAAAGACGAUAUAGGCAAUGCCUUAGAGAAGAAAGGAGGAAAAGAAUUUGUGGAAGCAGUUAGUGAAAUGAAGAAAAAAAAUGGUUCUUUGGACAUAGCUGGAGCUGCGGUAAGUUCUGGCCAUGGACUGCCUGCAAAGUUUGUUAUCCAUUGUAACAGUCCCAGCUGGGGUUCUGACAAGAGCGAAGAACUUCUGGAAAAGACUGUAAAGAACUGCUUGGCUUUGGCAGAUGAGAAAAAAAUCAAAUCAAUUGCAUUUCCUUCAAUUGGCAGUGGAAGGUAAGAAUGAAAAAUGAAAUGGUUUCCAAAGCAAACAGCUGCCCAAGUAAUCCUGAGAGCAAUUUCAAGCUAUUUUGUGUCUACAAUGUCAUCUUCAAUCAAGACUGUGUAUUUUGUGCUUUUUGAUAGCGAAAGCAUAGGCAUAUAUGUGCAGGAAAUGGCAAAACUGGAUGCCAACUAACCCUUUUCAUCACAAUCCCUUCAAGAUUUUCAUCAGAAAAAAAUAAAUAUUUUUUUUUUUUCUGAGACUGCACCAUAAUUUGAAAAACAUGAUGAUUUAGAAAGGCAAGGGUUUUUCCUGACAAUUCUAAAAUAUUUUAUGUUGGCACUGAUAGUUGGCAUUACUUUUGUUGAUGCACUAUAUCCAAGGCAUUGUCCAAACUUAGUGUAAUUUAGAAGAUUUUAUAGUUUAUUUUAAUGAAGUAUGGGUUUACGCAGAUUGUAGGUGGGAGUAUGUUGUCUUUUAUAUGUGAAUGAAAUGGAAAAUUAUAUUUUGUAAAUGUGUUGUGGUGCUUUAUUGUAAUAUUUAGUGGCGUUAUUUUCCUGUCACAAUCCCAAUUUGUGUUUUCCUAUUGUUUUAAUAUAAAAUGAAAUCACAUUGAUGUCUUUGAUUCAGUUUAUAACUUACAUUGAAUUGCUUUGACUUACUAAAAUGCUUACGUUUACAUACUUGAAUUUAUUGUUUUAUAACCUUACAAACGUAGUAUGAACUGAGAGACUAAAAUGACUGUAUUCUAGACAACAGGCACCUAUCUUGAAAGGUAUAUCAGUAGAAACUGUCUUAUUUCUUAAAAAAGAAAUAGUGAGCGCAGUAUUUAAGAAAAUGGGUGAGAGUAAACAAGUAAAAAAAAUAUUUGUAUUGUGCAAAUAAACAGCAUAAAAUUAAUUUACUUUCGUAGACAAAUACAGUAAAACUAUAAAAUAGCAAUCCAUAGCUAUGCAGAGUAUGCUAACAAUUUAAUCAGGUUUGCAUAUACAUUUACAAUCUUUUUUUGUUUUUGUUCUGGUAGCUUACCAGUCUCAAUAUCUUUUUUGUAUUAUCCAAUAUAAUCCCCCCUGUUCUAUUAAAAGUUUACAAAAAUAAUAAA